UUUCCAAUUUAUUUUCAUUCAAUUUUCGAUCAUUUCUCGAUCAUAAUAAUCGCCGAUAAUCAUGAAAUUCUUUUUAACAUUAACUUUAUUCUGUGCUUUGGCCAUCAACCAUGUUUAUGGUGAUGGUUCACAUAUUGUAAAGGCAGCACGAUCACAAAUUGGUGUACCAUAUUCAUGGGGUGGUGGUGGUAUUCAUGGUAAAUCCAAAGGUAUUGGUGAAGGUGCAAAUAUCGUUGGAUUUGAUUGUUCUGGAUUGGCACAAUAUUCCAUUUAUCAGGGAACACAUAAAACAAUUGCUCGUACAGCUGCAGCACAAUAUAAUGAUAACCAUUGUCAUCAUGUUGCAUACGGUAGUCAUCAACCAGGUGAUCUGGUAUUUUUCGGUAAUCCAAUCUAUCAUGUUGGUAUUGUAUCGGCACAUGGUCGUAUGGUCAAUGCACCUAAACCCGGUACUAAAGUUCGUGAAGAAAAUAUUUGGAGUUAUCAUAUUUCUCAUGUUGCUCGAUGUUGGUAAAUUUUUUUUUCUAUCCAUGUUCACAUUUGUAUGUACGAAAAGCAGAUGGCCAAAAAAAAAUUGUUAAAAAAUGCGCCAAUAAAUAAAAGAUACAAUUAAUCAAUCAA